AUGUCAAAUAAUUCCUCAGUUCUUGUUCUUGUUUUGCUGUCUCUUUGCAGCAUCUCUUUCUUGGAGUCUCUCAAUGGUGGGUUUAGUGCGGAGAUAAUCCACCGUGACUCAUCAAAGUCACCGUUCUAUCGUCCCGCAGAAACCCAAUUCCAACGAGUUGCUAAUGCGGUGCGUCGUUCCAUUAAUCGUGCUAAACAUUUCAACAGAAGUUCAGUGCAUCCAAACACACCUAAGGCUGCUAUAACAAAAAAUGAUGGUGAAUACCUUGUGAGAUAUUCAGUUGGAACCCCACCAUUCCAAGUUUAUGGUAUUGCUGAUACAGGAAGUGACAUAAUUUGGUUGCAGUGUCAACCUUGUGAAACCUGUUACAACCAAACCACUCCAAUAUUUGAUCCUUCAAAAUCCUACACAUACAAAACCCUUCCUUACUCUUCUACUGCAUGUCAAUCAGUGCAAGAUACCUCCCAAUACGGGAACAGUUGUGAAUAUACUAUUUACUAUGGGGAUGGGUCACACUCACUAGGAGAUCUUAGUGUGGAAACACUCACUUUAGGCUCCACCAAUGGCUCUUCAAUCCAAUUUCCUAGAACUGUGAUAGGAUGUGGACGUAACAAUACUGUGUCCUUUGGAGGGAAAAGCUCUGGUGUAGUUGGUCUAGGAAGAGGACCUGUGUCUCUUAUAUCUCAAUUGGGUUCUUCAAUAGGUGGAAAAUUUUCCUAUUGUUUGGCACCAAGGUCUAAUGUUUCUAGCAAACUCAAUUUUGGAAAUGCUGCUGUGGUUUCUGGGAAAGGGACUGUAUCAACUCCCAUUCUCUCACUUGACCCAAAAGUAUUUUACUUCCUAACCUUGAAAUCAUUCAGUGUGGGAAACAAAAGAAUAGAGUUUAGGAGCUCCUCAUCUACACCUGGUGGAGAGGGAAAGAUCAUAAUUGACUCAGGUACAACUCUCACUCUUUUGCCAGAUGAUAUUUACUCAAAGUUGGAAUCUGCAGUAGCAAAUGCAAUUGAAUUAGAGCGUGUUCAGGAUCCAUUUAAACAGUUGAGCCUUUGCUAUAAUAGCAGUUUUGAGGAUCUAGAAGCACCAGCGAUCAUGGCACAUUUUAGUGGUGCAGAUAUCAAGUUAAAAGCUAUCAACACGUUUGUUGAAGUGGAAGAAGGGAUAGUAUGCUUGGCUUUCAUGUCAAGUCAAAUUGGUCCCAUCUUUGGGAACAUAGCUCAGUUAAACUUCUUGGUAGGCUAUGACCUUGAAAAGAAAAAAGUCUCCUUUAAACCCACAGACUGUACUAAGCGGUGA